AGAGAGAGAGAGAGAGAUCCUCUUGAGAACUCACCGAAGGAGCGCUGUGUGUAAGCGGGUAGCGAGCGCUUCAUCGCUAUAUCUCACUGACUGCCACUCCAGCUCUCCAAUACCCCGCGAAAGGCUCGUUUUCCAAGAUUCAGUUCUCCUUACGCGGGCAGAAAAAAAACAAAACCGGGAUGGACUGCUGCAAUGAGGACUGCAACAAGCAACAAGAAGAGGAUGUGAUGGACAUUCCCCUGGACGACCCAGAGGCCAACAAGGCCGCAGCCAAAAUCCAGGCGAGCUUCCGUGGUCACAUGACCAGAAAGAAGAUGAAAGACGACAAGCCGCAGGACGAGGAGAGCGGCGGGGCAGAAGAGGGUUCUGGAGAUCGGGAAUCACUCAACGGAGAUCAGACAGAGUCAGGGGCAGCGGAGUCGGAAGGAGGGGAGGGCGAGGAAGUCUCCACACCCGAGCAGUGAGGCUGGGGAGGAGACUGCAGGACAGAGGCAACCGAGAGGUCCUUUAAUCACAAUAUUCCAUUCAGUCAAGAAACUCCAAGCAUCACAAUGACGUUUUAUUAGUACUAUAUUAUUAAUUUCAAAAGAGAACUCCUCCCCACCUUUCUGAUACCUGCUGUGAUCAGACGACUAUAGAGAGAAUACAUUAUUCUCAGUGAAUAAUAAUAAUAAUGAUAGUGAUAAUGAUAAUAAUAAUAAUAAUGACACUACUACUGCUAAUAAUAAUAGAUUCUGCUAAUUAGUAGACUGUACUUAUUAACACAUCUAUCUAUUUAUCUAAAAUGACAAAAUAAUAUAAAUGUAAGCCUUCUUUUUCCGCUCUGUCUCUUGUAUCUUUAUUUUAUUUUGUAUUCAUCACAUGCAUACAAUGAUUUUUCGUACCUUUUCUUAAUACAUGAAAAUAGUAACGAAUCUGACAAUUUGGGUAUCAGGAAAGUGGAUUUACUUUUUGAUUUUCUAUGGGUAUGUUUUGUUUGUUUUUGUUUUCAUUGAUUGAUACCUUUCCAUUUAAGCUGAUGGGUGACAAUGCCAGUGUAAUAAGUGCACCUGAGUGCAUGCAUUAGCAUGCUGCAUGUAUACGUAGCAUUAAGAAAGACCAGUCCAGUGCAACAUUGCAAAGUGAUUACUAUCUGUGAACCUCGAAAAGGGUACUCAUUAAACUCUGCGAUUUUAAA